CAGCUCGGUGGCCAGAUUCAGGAGCUCAUCCUCAACUCCAAGACGCCCUGCCCGGCUUUCACCGCCUCGGGUACCUACAACGGACCCUUGGAUCCACAUUCCCUUCCUGGCCCCCUUAUGAUUUCUAACACAUCCACAGGUACAUGCAUUGACCCAGGCUGCCUAAACGUUCACAAUACCAAAAAGCUAGCCCUUUGCAAAGGGUUACUCUUCAAGAAUAAGUGCGCCGAGCUUUCCUUCUGUCGACUCUCUCAUCAGUCUACCCGGAAAACACACCUCACUGUGUUUAUUUCCUUCAAGAGCGACGCACCAAAACCCCGUGCAAGUUUGUUCAUGCACAUGUCGUCCCCGAGGCGCUGGUCUGUGACGCAUUUGGAUGAUUCGGAUUCUGCCAGGACGGCGACCGCUGCAGGAAACUUCACGUCUUUGAAUGUCCAGGUUACGCAAACGAGGGCAUCUGCGCCGCUGGCGAUGAAUGCUAUCUGAAACAUGUCCGUCAAGCUGCUCGAGAAGCCAGCUCCCUUAUCGAAAACAAUGACGGU